AACUAAGAAAUAAUUAAUCCUUAUUGGAGGCUCGUUUAAUGUUUAAAUGGAUUUUUAGCAGAUGGAAGGUAUUGGUAUGAUCCAAAUUACAGCAAAAUGCCUUAUCUGGAAAGCCCCAGGGCCCGAGCAUUCUAGAGAACAGGUCCCAUUCCUGAAUAGAAAAAUUGCUGUAAAUAAUAUAUUUCAUAUGGCAUAUGAAUAUUGGUUUGUAUUUGUAGUUAAAUACAGCCAAUGAAUGCAAUUUACACUAAAAUUAACUUCAAACUAUUGAUGAAUUGCCUGAAUGAAAAGCUGUGGGAUGCAGGUAAAUAUUCAUUUCCAUUGUUUUGUAUGUGAAAAGUGCAGAGGAACUCUAUUGGUGAAUGGAACAAGCCAGAAUCCUUACUAGUGGUUUCCAUAGCAACAGUAAACACUGAGACUGUAGGCACAGCAGGGAAAUGUGAUCACAUAGAAGCAACUAUUUGCUAUAAACACACGACUCCAAGUGAGGCAGCCAAAAGCCAGUUAUGGAUCAUUAUUCAGGAUGGAAAAUAGAACCGAAAUACUCCGACAAAGUUCUUAUUGGAAACUGGGUAGAAGAAAGGAGAAAGUUUAGGACAAGAUACCAACCAAAGCAGGACAGUUGCUACAAUAUCGACUUUGUCAGUUUUCCAGACAGCAAGCCAGAUCGGAUUUUCACCCGAUCAAUUGUGAAAAAACUGGAGGGCUUGCCAAAAUGCCAUUUACUUUCACAUCAUGGAGAGCCUAAACAUAAACAUCUAGUAUCACUUUAUGAUGAUCAUUAUUUAAGAUCUGGCAAAUCCAAACUGCCCACUCUUCGUAGCUACGAUGGCAACCGUCUAGCCUGGGUUCCAGAACAGUCUGAUUAUCCCACUGCAGAUCCUCCUACAAACUUUGGUCUUUUCCAAGCAAAGGAAAAACAAUGGAGAGAACAGUUUUCGGAAGAUCACAAAAGUCUUUAUUCUGCUUCUUACAAGCAGCCUCCCACCUCUGCAUAUAGCACUGUGCGAUUUGGUGUAGCACCCCGUGUUCUGUCCAGCACCAUGUAUCCAAGCAAUAACAACAAUAAAAGCAUGAAUUUCAGAGAAUACAGACACUUGCAGGUUCCAGGCUACCCUGUGCCUCACACUCAUGUAAACCAGCCAGCUGGGUUUAUGACUUAAUACUUUUAGGCAGUAGCUGGUUACUAACUCUAAUGUAUACUACCUGGUUGGACUGGAUUACUGCAGUCAUGCUGACCUGUCUGGUUAUGUUAUUAAAGCCACAUUGAAAACAAA